AUGCGCACCAUCCAUCAGCAGGCACACACAUCUAACAGUGGAGAGAGAGGUGAAGGACCGAACUAUCUACACGAGGGAGAGGAAGUCGUUGACUUGACGACGCAGGGAGGAAGUGAUCUCAGGGCAGCGGAUGGAGGUGAGCUUUGCAUGACACUACACGUAAAUGAGCUGGAUUUAAAUAGAGUUGCUCUAGAUCCAAAUCAUCAAGUGGCUGGGUUGCGAGUUAUUCUGCAGAAGGAGCUCCGUAAUAGUGACAUAAGCCAGCUUGGGAGAAUUGUUCUCCCGAAGAAAGAGUCGGAGGCUUACCUCCCAAUUCUGACAUCAAAGGAUGGCAGAAGUCUACGCAUGCAUGAUUUGCUAAAUGCACAACUGUGGACAUUCAAGUACAGCAUAUCCACUACAAUGACACAGUUUAUUAUCUCCGUACAGAUACUGGCCCAACAACAAGAGCAGGAUGUCAUCCGAGCAAAGAAGGCGGGAGAUGAUCUAGUUGCUUCUUUGCCACAAUUCCAUGAGCAUAUCUCUUCCAUUCUGCCAAUUCCAGAAGUUGAUGACUAUGUGUCUCUAAUCCCACCACCAGCUGACAUCUCUGCCUUUGCGCCACAAGCUGAUGAGAAUUACGAGAUGUUCGAUGGGAUUUUCAACUCUCUACCAGAGAUACCGGUAGCCAAUGUGAGGUACUCAGACUUCUUCGACCCAUUCAGUGAUUGUAUGGACAUGUCGAAUCCCGGCCUGAACGCCAACAACUCAGCUAACCUUGCCAGUCAUUUCCAUGAUGAGAGGACUGGGCUUUCUUUGUUUCCCAACCCAAAGUCUGGGCCUCUGAUGUGA